GAGGCUGCAGCUGGCGGCGGCUUGCCCCGGGCGGGCCGAGGUCCUGGGCGCGGCAGCCAGGCCGGGGAGCCCUUCUCGGCAGAACCCGCAGCGCGGGAUCAGCGCCGUCUGCUUUCCUCUCUGUCUUCUCUGGUCAAACCGCGGGAAGAAAGCGCCCUCCCUUUAGCGGGCCGGGAGCUGCAGAGCAUCGCGGGGCGCGGCCGAGGGGAGGAGAAAACAGAGGGAGCAGCGUAGGCCCGGGCUCGCGGGGCUGCGGCUCCGCCAAUCUGCGGGCGCUGACGCGGGGGGCGGCUCCGCGGCGCUCGGAUAUCUGACCGCCCGGGGAGAGGCUCGGCUGUGCGGGGGCUGCGCUCCGGGGACGGCCGGUGCACCUGCCCGGGGACUUCGCCGGACGCUCCGUGCGCCACCCCCCGCUCCCGCCCCCUCCUCGGUCCCCGCGGUCCUGCGCCCUCAUUCCCCUCCAGGUCCCCGCCUGCGGGCCGCAGCGUGAGAGAACCGAGCCCUGCCCGAAGGAGCCGCCCCUUCUCCGCCCGGCCGGCCCGGCGCCUAGCGCGGCCCACGGAGCAGCGCAAGAGACUGCGCCGAGCCUCGGAUCGGAUUGCGCCGCGCGGUCGCCGCCACCCCCCACCCCCACCCCAGGCCGCCGCGCCUUGGCCGGGAUGGGCCUAAGUGUCCGGCCCCUGAGCGCCUGAUGAGCGCGGCCGCGGCCCCGGAGACCCAAGCGGGCCGCUACGUGCGCGGGGCCUCCCCGAGCUGCGCCCCCAGCUUCGCGGACGAGGGCCGCUGGGCCCGGCCGGCUGAGGGCGCGGCCGCUCCGGAGAGGCGAGAGGGAACGGCCCCGAAAUGGCCCGGCGAGCGGGCGCUUUGGCGGUGGGCGCCCUACGCGUGGGACAGCCCCGGGACGAGUAGCUGGCCGACGCCAGAUGGACCUUGAUCCGCGCCGCGGCACCGCGUUCGUGCCAAGCCAAGACUAGAAGGGCACGGGCGGAGCGCGCUCUGGGGGCGCCCGGAGUUCCAGGCCCCGCUCGCCCGCCGGGCCAUGAAGAUGAUCCUGGUGCGCAGGUUCCGCGUGCUCAUCCUGAUGGCGUUCCUGGUGGCCUGCGCGCUGCACAUCGUGCUGGAUCUGCUGCCCAAGCUGGAGCGGAGCGGAGCGCAGCCCUCGGGGGAACCCGGCUGCUCCUGCGCGCAGCCCGCGGCCGAGGCGGCGGCACCCGGCUGGGCCCAGGCGCGCGGACGCCCGGGGGAGCCCCCGGCUGCAGCCUCCGCCGCCGGCGACGCGGGCUGGCCCAACAAGCACACACUGCGCAUCCUGCAGGACUUCAGCUCCGACCCUUCCUCCAACCUCACGUCCCACUCGCUUGAGAAACUGCCACCCGCAGCCGAACCGGCCGAGGGUGCCUUGCCGGGGCAGGAUCCCGGCGCCCUGCGACCCUUAGACUCCGCUCACCGGCCGCUGCUCAGAGACCCCGGUCCGCGUGGACCUGUGCCGCCCCCCGGCCCGAGCGGGGACGGCUCCCUCCUGGCCAGGCUGUUCCAGCACCCACUGUACCAGGUAGCCAUUCCGCCGCUAACGGAGGACGACGUCCUCUUCAACGUGAACAGCGACAUCAGGUUCAACCCCAAGGCGGCGGCAGCAGAGAACCCAGACUGGCCACACGAAGGUCCUGAGGAUGAAUUCCUACCCACGGGGGACGCGGCCGUGGACUCCUAUCCCAACUGGCUCAAAUUCCACAUCGGCAUCAACCGCUAUGAGUUGUACUCUCGGCACAACCCAGCGGUGGAGGCCCUGCUGCGUGACCUCGGCGCCCAGAAGAUCACCAGUGUUGCCAUGAAGUCGGGGGGCACACAACUCAAGCUCAUCAUGACCUUCCAGAACUACGGGCAAGCACUGUUCAAACCCAUGAAGCAAACGAGGGAGCAGGAGACACCCCCUGACUUCUUCUAUUUCUCUGAUUACGAGAGGCACAACGCAGAGAUCGCUGCCUUCCACCUGGACAGGAUCCUGGACUUCCGCCGGGUCCCUCCCGUGGCCGGCAGGAUGGUCAACAUGACCAAGGAGAUCCGGGACGUCACGCGGGACAAGAAGCUGUGGAGAACCUUCUUCAUCUCCCCAGCCAACAACAUCUGCUUCUACGGGGAGUGUUCCUACUACUGCUCCACGGAGCAUGCCCUGUGCGGGAAGCCAGACCAGAUCGAGGGCUCGCUGGCUGCCUUUCUGCCUGACCUGUCCCUGGCCAAGAGGAAGACCUGGCGGAACCCCUGGCGACGCUCAUACCACAAACGCAAGAAGGCAGAGACGAGGCUUCAGACCCCUGCUCUUCUUGCAAGAGAGACACAGUCCCUCCAGCCACGGAGACGUCCUUGCAAGUGGGAAGUAGACCCUGACUACUGCGAGGAGGUGAAGCAGACGCCGCCCUACGACAGCAGCCACCGCAUCCUGGACGUCAUGGACAUGACCAUCUUCGACUUCCUCAUGGGCAACAUGGACCGCCAUCACUACGAGACCUUCGAGAAGUUUGGGAACAAGACGUUUAUCAUCCACUUGGACAAUGGGAGAGGGUUUGGAAAAUACUCCCACGAUGAGCUUUCCAUCCUGGUGCCUUUACAGCAGUGCUGCAGGAUCAGGAGGUCCACGUACCUGCGGCUGCAGCUCCUGGCUAAGGAGGAGCACAAGCUGAGUCUGCUGAUGGCCGAGUCCCUGCGCGGGGACCGCGUGGCCCCCGUCCUGUACCAGCCACACCUGGAGGCUCUGGACCGGCGGCUGCGCGUCGUGCUGCAGGCGGUCAGGGACUGCGUGGAGAAGGACGGCCUGCACAGCGUCGUGGAGGACGACCUAAGCCCCGAGCACAGAGCCUCUGCCAGGAGGUAGUGACCGCGAGCCGUGGCCAGGCCAGCUGCCGGGCACACGGGCCAACGCAGGAGCGGACGGGCUGCCCGGGGACGCGUGCCCCUCACUUUGCAGACCAGGGCGGGCCGGCGGGAGCACGCUGCCCCCGUGGACAGCGGCAGCCUGGCGGUGGGCCACCACCCUUUCGUAUGGAAAGGAAGUCUUUAUUUACUAUUUUGUAUUUAUACCUGGUGUAAAUGUACAUAAAUAGAGACAUCUCUGCAGACCCCGACCACCCAGCAAAUCCCACGGAGGGCCGCCCAGCAGGGCCAGGUGCUCCUGCGAAGGGCUCCCACUCUGGACCGAACGUACAGUAAAAACUCUCCUCGCUCCCCGGGGCUGAGAGUUGUCUGGGGCUGCAGGAGGCUCCUGAGGCUGUCACGGACUCACGUCGACCGAUGAACACCAUGUAGGCGUUGGGCGACGUGAAGGACCCAUUUCCUGGCUGCCCAGGCUGUCUUCACAGCACCUUCUGACUUGCUUCGGAAGCCUGUGCACGUGUGUGACACGGUCACGUGGCCAGGCAGCUGGUUACUUUCACGGCAUUUUCGUGGAAUAGUUUGCAAUGUGGUAAAAGUGCAAUAAAGAUUCAGCAAGUG